AUAAUGACAAUCCCUAAAACCAAAAACACUGAAAAGUGAAAACACAUCAUAUUCCACUCUCUGCCGCCGGCACCGCGACGAUUAUCACCUCUUUCAGAAGCUCAGUAUCAUAGCACGUUUGUGCUCCUCGUACUGUGUUGCAAUUUUUAGAGGAACUUCUCAGCUCGAUGGGUGAGGCAAAGGAAGAUAAUGUUGUUCUAUCUUCAGUUCACUCCACAGUCUUCAAAGAAUCCGAAAAUCUAGAAGGAAAAUGCACCAAAAUUGAAGGCUAUGACUUCAACCAAGGCGUCAAUUACCAUCAGCUUCUCAAGUCCAUGGUCACCACUGGCUUUCAAGCUUCAAACCUAGGAGACGCAAUCCAAGUCAUUAAUCAAAUGCUAGAUUGGAGGCUCGCUGAUGAACCUGUAGUCGAUGAUUGCAGUGAGGAAGAGAGGGAUUUGGGUUACCGAAGGUCUGUUACUUGCAAGGUGUUUCUGGGAUUCACUUCUAAUCUCAUCUCCUCUGGUGUCAGAGACACUGUUCGGUUUCUCGUUCAACAUCACAUGGUUGAUGUAAUUGUGACAACUACUGGUGGCAUCGAGGAAGAUCUUAUAAAGUGCCUUGCACCAACAUACAAAGGAGAUUUCUCUCUGGAUGGAGCCUAUCUGCGCUCAAAGGGAUUGAAUCGUAUUGGUAAUUUGUUGGUCCCUAAUGACAAUUAUUGCAAAUUUGAGGACUGGAUUAUUCCCAUUUUUGAUCAGAUGUUGACAGAACAAAAUAAUGAGAAUGUGAUAUGGACACCAUCCAAGUUGAUUGCUCGAUUGGGUAAAGAAAUAAAGAAUGAAAGCUCUUACCUUUAUUGGGCAUACAAGAACAAUAUUCCAGUAUUUUGUCCGGGCUUAACCGAUGGCUCAUUGGGGGACAUGCUGUACUUCCAUUCGUUCCGCAACCCGGGUCUGAUUGUAGACAUAGUGCAAGAUAUAAGGGCCAUGAAUGGAGAAGCUGUACAUGCGAGUCCUAGGAAGACCGGCAUGAUUAUUUUAGGAGGUGGUCUUCCAAAGCAUCACAUCUGCAAUGCCAAUAUGAUGCGUAAUGGUGCAGACUACGCUGUUUUUAUUAAUACCGCACAAGAAUUUGAUGGUAGUGAUUCGGGAGCUCGUCCAGAUGAAGCUGUUUCCUGGGGAAAAAUACGAGGAUCUGCAAAAACUGUUAAGGUCCAUUGUGAUGCAACCAUCGCCUUCCCUUUGCUUGUUGCCGAAACAUUUGCCCCAAGAGUGAAACCUUGCAAUCAAUAGAGGUUAAGACAAACUAACUGUCAAGUUCGCGUAAAUUUCAUUGUUUGAGGACAUUGAUGAACGUGUUCACCGUUGGUAUUUGAUUAGGUCAUCAUGCCUGGUGUGUCCAUCAUUAUCGUGUGCAUUUUAUGUUAUACCAAAAAAGAAAAAGUAAUACACUAAUCCUGACUGCAUCAGAGACAGGAAUUAUAGAUGCAAUAACCAAUUUUCAUUGGUUUAUGUGAGUUUUGGGAUGAGGAUGAUUGUAACUUCUAAAACAAAUAACAUUAGAAACUUGAAACUUCAUCAACUUUGGAAGUCGGUAUAUUUUUAUCUUUCUUCCAACUGAUGGCCAAAUUUCAUGUUGGAGGAAAAGAUAUAUCACAAUUCAGACCUUA